UGCUCUUCCGGAACUCGCCUCUUUAUUUUUCCUUGCUUUGUCAGGUUAAAGAUGCUGAGAUGAAUUUUGGUCGCCUAUUGACCAUAGCAUAGGCCACGAAUGGUUCAGGUCCCCCGAUGCCACAGACUGCCUAAUAGGCUAAAUGAACGUUGAGAUAUGCAGACGACUUCCCGUCGACCCGUCGCCGCCCCACGGAGUGGGUAAACAUGUGCUGUGGAUGAUAUAGCUGUGGAGCUCACAAUCCAUCAGUUGUCAUUUCUGACCCAGAGUCCUCCUCUGAGCGCCGGCCGUCGCCAUGGCGUCCUCCUCUCGCCCGUCCCGCAGCCGGCGGCGCGGGAAGAAAGACCCGGUACGGCACAGCCUCAACCCGGAGCAGCUCCACCACAUGGAGCUACGGCACUGCCUCCAGCAGGAAAUGGGCACCGCUCCUCGGUCUACCAGCGACACGGACCUGGUGACGUCCUACUGCCGCUCCACGCUCACCACUAGCUCCUCCCACUACACCAUCGGCCAACCCCAGGACGUCCACGUCAUCUGGGACAUCAAGGAGGAGGUGGACGCUGGAGACUGGAUUGGCAUGUAUCUGAUCGACGAGGUGCUGUCCGAAAACUUUCUGGAUUACAAGAGCCGCGGGGUGAACGGAUCGCAUAAGGGCCAGAUCGUGUGGAAGAUCGAGGCCAACAGCUACUUUGUAGAAACCGAGACGAAGGUUUGCUUCAAGUACUUCCACGGUCUGAGCGGGGCGCUGAGGGCCACGACCCCCACCGUCACGGUGAAGAACCCCACCGCCCCGGUGCUGAAGCAGAACUCUACUGAAGAGGCGCCCCCAGUCCAGGGCUCGAGAAGACUCAUCAGCUUCUGUUUGUCUGACUUCAACGCGGCGGGGCUGAAGAAGGGGAUGUUCUUCAGCCCGGACCCCUACCUGAAGAUCUCCAUCCAGCCGGGGAAGAACAGCAUCUUCCCCUCGCUGCCGCACCACGGCCAGGACAAGCGCUCGGGCAUCGUGUACAGCACCAUCAACCCCCGCUGGAACAGAGAGCGCUUCAGCUUCGUCUCGCUGCCGACAGACGUUCUGGAAAUAGAAGUAAAGGAUAAGUUUGCUAAAAGCCGACCCAUCUUCAAGCGUUUCCUGGGCAAGCUUUCAAUGCCGGUCCAGAGGCUGUUGGAGAAACACGCCAUCGGGGAUAGGAUGGUGCACUACACUCUGGGGCGCAGACUACCCAAUGAGCACGUCACCGGCCAGCUCCAGUUCCGCUUCGAGAUCACGUCGUCCAUACACCCAGACGACGAGACCCUCAGCGCCGAGUGCUCCCCGGCCCGCCAGCCCCCGGCCGCGCGGCGCUCCAGCCACCCCUCGCGGGCGGCCCACACCUCGUCCGACGACACGCGCAGCCCCCUCCGCGUCGCCCAGGGCAACCACGGCCCCGGCGCCGGCGAGCCCCCCCAGAGGUCGAGACACCGGAGGCCGUCCAGAACGGGCCGCCACGGGCUCCCGUCCGACCCCGUCUGCAGCGUGGAGCCGGCGGCGGCGGCGGCGGCGGCGGUGGCGGCGGUGGCGGCGGCGGCGGGAGAGGCGGAGCGCGGUGGGACGGAGGGGUCGGCUGUUGCCCAGACGACGGCGUCUACGGAGAAGGACGAGGACGAGGAGGAGGAGGAGGAGGAGGAGAAGGAGCCGUCCGGUCCAGAUCCCCCAGAGGCCGGCCUGACCCGGGACACUCAGGGCGCCGCCUCGGCCAAAGCGGACGGUACGGGCGUCACGGAGUCGCCGUUGGCGACGGUGCAGGAGGCGAGCGAGGAGAGGAGUCUGCACACGCCCUCCACGCCCCGAGGCGAGGAGCUGGAGGCGAGACGGGAGGGAGGAGCGGGGGACGGGGAGACCAGAGGAGGAGGAGGAGGAGGAGGAGGAGAGGAGGAAGAGCAGUGGGAGGAGAACGGGGGGACGCAGGAGGGGGGGUCCCCGGAGAGACGGAGCAGAGACAGGGGGGGGGAGCAGCAGGAGAGGAGGAGGACCCUGGGUGACCCGGAGCCGGGGGGGCAGGGGGAGGAGGAAGAGGAGGAGGAGGGGGAGGAGGAGGAGGAGGGGGAGGAGGAAGGAGAGAACGGCUGUCCUGUGACCAUCAGGAGCUUGCCAAGGAGGCGGAGCCGGCCCUGCUCCCUGCCCGUGUCCAAACUGGAGACGGUCAUCGCCUCCUGCUCCGAGCCCGAGACGCCCAGGUCGCACUACAUACGCAUCCACCAGCUGCUCCACACGCUGCCCUGCGGCCAGCCAGAGGAGCUGCUCAACGGGGACGCCGUGUCAGGCGAGUCCCUGGAUCUGGAGGGCCUCGACGAAGACCCAGGGACGCCCUCCGCCAACGGGCCCCUGGGUGAGGCACUGACGUCUGUUCUCCUGCCAGAGGGGGGGGAGGAGGCGGCUGUGGCCCCGCCGGGGGCCCCCACGAGGGCCCAGAGGGGGGGGCCCCGGCGCGCCCUGCCCCGCUCCCUGUCCGUGGACCGCCUGUCGGACCUCGCCCUGAGGCUGGAUGCGGAGGGGAGUGAUCCGUCUCUCCCCUGGGCGUGGACGCUGUGCAGGGCAGGGGGCACGGCCUUCUCAUCCCAGGAGGACGAGGACGAGGACGAGGCCGGAGGGGCCAAGGGGAAGGGCCCCGGGGAAGGUUCCUCCUCGCAGUGCUGCGGGUCAGAAGACGGCUGCUUCAGGCCGUCGAGCCCAGCCUGCCCCAUGCCUGCCCUGAAGUCUGACCACUACCCGACCAUCGACGAACCGCUGCCUCCCAACUGGGAGGCGCGCGUGGACAGCCACGGUCGUGUGUUCUACGUGGACCACAUCAACCGGACCACCACCUGGCAGAGGCCCACCACCGCCGCCACCCCCAACGGCAUGCGCCGCUCAGGCUCCGCCCACCAGAUGGAGCAGCUCAACCGGAGGUACCAGAGCAUCCAGCGCACCAUGGCGACAGAAGGGGGCGGGGAGGAGGAGGAGGGGGGGGGAGGAGGAGGGGGGGGAGGAGAACCUGUGGACUCCUCCCCCUCCCCCCCCCCGGCCAGCAGUCAGAAGCUCUCCGCUCUGCUCCAGAGUCCCGCCGUCAAGUUCAUCACACACCCCGAGUUCUUCACCGUGCUGCACGCCAACUACGGCGCCUACCGCCUCUUCACCAACAGCACGUGCCUCAAGCACAUGAUCCUGAAGGUCCGCCGCGACGCCCGCAACUUUGAGCGCUACCAGCACAACCGCGACUUGGUCACCUUCAUCAACCGCUUCUCCAGCCAGCAGCUGGACCUGCCUGGGGGCUGGGAGAUGAAGACGGACCCCCAGGGAAAGAACUUCUUCGUGGACCACAACAGCCGCGGGACCACCUUCAUCGACCCCCGCAUCCCCCUGCAGAACGGCCGUCUGCCCAACCACCUGACCCACCGGCGCCACCUGCAGAGGCUGCGCAGCUACAGCGCUGGAGAGGCCUCCGACGUGUCCCGGAGCAGAGGGAUGAUGUCCCGGUCGGGGAAGGGCCUGGUGGCCAUGAGGACGCAGCAACAGCAGGACAACGUUCCCCAAGCCUACAACGACAAGAUCGUGGCGUUCCUGCGUCAGCCCGGCGUCCUGGACAUCCUGACAGACCGCCAGCCGGCUCUGACCCGGAACCCCUCCCUCAGGGAGAAGAUCCACUACAUCAGGACAGAAGGAACUCCGCGUCUUGAGCGCCUGUCCUGUGAUGCCGACCUGGUCAUUCUGCUGAGUCUGUUUGAGGAGGACAUCAUGUCUUUCGUCCCGUCGUCCUUCCAACAUGGCUUCUCCUUCUCCCCUCACUGCUCUCCUGGGGCGUCGCCCCGCAAGUCUCCCUCUAAAGGCACCCAGAGGGCCCGGGCGCCUGCCCCUUACCGACGGGACUUUGAGGCCAAGCUGAGGAACUUCUACAGGAAGCUGGAGGCUAAGGGCUACGGCCAGGGCCCGGGGAAGAUCAAGCUGAUGGUUCGCCGGGACAAUCUGCUGGAGGGGACGUUCAACCAGGUCAUGGCCUACUCCCGCAAGGAGCUCCAGAGGAACAAGCUCUACAUCACCUUCAUCGGAGAGGAAGGGCUGGACUACAGCGGGCCCUCCAGGGAGUUCUUCUUCCUGCUGUCCCAGGAGCUGUUCAACCCGUAUUAUGGUCUGUUUGAGUACUCGGCCAACGACACCUACACCGUGCAGAUCAGCCCCAUGUCAGCCUUCGUGGAGAACCAGCUGGAAUGGUUUCGUUUCAGCGGUCGGGUCUUGGGCCUGGCUCUGAUUCACCAGUACCUCCUGGACGCCUUCUUCACCAGACCCUUCUACAAAGCGCUGCUCCGACUCGCGACGGACCUCAGCGACCUGGAGUACCUGGACGAGGAGUUCCACCAGUCGCUGCAGUGGAUGAAGGACAACGACAUCACGCAGGUCCUGGAGCUCACCUUCACGGUCAACGAGGAGGUCUUCGGGCAGGUGACGGAGAGGGAGCUGAAGUCGGGCGGAGCCAACAUCAACGUGACGGAGAAGAACAAGAAGGAGUACAUCGAGCGCAUGGUCCGCUGGAGGGUGGAGCGGGGGGUGGUGCAGCAGGCCGAGGCCAUGGUCCGCGGCUUCUACGAGGUGGUGGACUCGCGGCUGGUGUCGGUGUUCGACGCCCGAGAGCUGGAGCUGGUGAUCGCCGGCACGGCGGAGAUCGACCUCCACGACUGGAGGAACAACACGGAGUACCGUGGAGGGUACCACGAUGGCCACAUGGUGAUCCGCUGGUUCUGGGGCGUGGUGGAGCGCUUCAACAACGAGCAGCGGCUGCGCCUGCUGCAGUUCGUCACGGGGACGUCCAGCGUGCCCUACGAGGGCUUCACCGCGCUGCGCGGCUCCAACGGCCUGAGGCGCUUCUGCAUCGAGAAGUGGGGCAAGAUCACCUCCCUGCCCAGGGCUCACACGUGUUUCAACCGGCUGGAUCUCCCUCCUUACCCAUCAUGCAACAUGUUGUACGAUAAGCUCCUCAUCGCCGUCGAGGAGACCAGCACGUUCGGACUCGAGUAGUGGAUGAGUGUGUGCACGCGCACGCACACACACACACGCGCUCACACACACACGCAAACUCUCAGGGACCCGCCUCGUCGACCUGCAGUAGUAGUAAAAACUGUAAAAAACAAACUGACAGAGAGCUGUGGUGCACAGCUCUCUGUUGUUCUGCACUACGUAUGGAGCAGAGCGACAGCACGACCACAGACUGACCACUGCU